UACAAUUCGGUUGCCCUCACCUGUUUUCUCCAUCACUACACUACUACUACUACUACUACUACUACUACUACUACUACUACUACUACUACUACUACUACUACUACUACUACUACUACUACUACUACUACUACUACUACUACUACUACUACUACUACUACUACUACUACUACUACUACUACUACUACUACUACUACUACUACUACUACUACUACUACUACUACUACUACUACUACUACUACUACUACUACUACUACUACUACUACUACUACUACUACUACUACUACUACUACUACUACUACUACUACUACUACUACUACUACUACUACUACUACUACUACUACUACUACUACUACUACUACUAAUACUAUUACUAUUACCAAUAAUAGUAAUAAUCAUAAAUAUCAACUUUCUAGCACGUCACAAGAAAACUUAUUUAUAUCAUACAUGAUAUACAUCAACAUUGUGUCAAGUUUGAUUUUCUAA